GCAUUUUACCGAGUCGCAGUCCAAGUUCUAUGCAGCAGGCAUCGUGCUUGCGUUCAUGUACCUGCACAACAGAGACAUUCUCUACCGCAACCUCAAUCCUGAGAAUGUCCUUGUCGACGUCAGAGGAUACAUCAAGCUGACUGACUUUCAGCAGGCUGAGGGAAUAGUUGCUAGGCCCAACAACGGCCGCAACGAGUUCACCGGCGAGCGGCUCAAACGUCACGAGUACUGGACCGUCACGAGCCAUCCGGCUCCUGCCUUGAUCAGCAAACUCGCCAAGUCUCCUCCCGAGCGACCUGUCCACCAGCACGACAGGAGACAGACUACCCCACAUUACCUGGCUCCAGAAGUCGUCUCGCUCCGCAGGCAUGGCAAGGAGGCAGACUGGUGGUCGCUGGGGAUUCUGAUCCAUGAGAUGCUCUGCGGGUAUCCUCCCUUCUUCGACUCCCAACCCCCUGGGUUGUACGACAAGAUCACUCGUGAGGAAAUCUACUUCCCG